AGCUGUGCAGCUGCUCUAUGCAGCACAGGUUACUGCAGACACGUGGAUGUAGCGUAAAGAAUACAACAUACCGUGUGUGGAGCGAAUGUAGGAGCAUAGGCUGUACACGCAGAAACAGUAGAGAGGCUGGAUUAGUUUCACACAGACCUAUUGAAGGGCCUUGUGUGUGCCAGUGCUCCACUUAUUUAUAGCUUACAUAAGCCUUCUCGUUUCAUAAUAACAGUUCUGGUCUACAUUAUUCCCUGAUAAUUAAACUUAAGAACAGUCGAAUAUUUUAAUCUUUCUGAAUUAGGCAAUUGCCCUAUUAUUUUAGGUCGCCUACACAUGGAAACUUUAUUAUUUCUCUUUAUGUCUUGUGGUAAUAGUAGUAGUAGGCUGGUGGCAGUAGUAUUAGGGGUGGUGGGCCUACGCCUCCUGCAAACUGUCAGUAAAAAGAGGUGUUGCGCAGGUAAAGCGCGUGCACUAUCCAGGGUGCUGAAUGCCGUAUGAAUCGUUGUUGUAGACAACCUGCUGAUUGAAAAGCCCAAACUGUAACUGAACAGGUGAAGACAAUCUUGCAUUUCAAUAAUUCAUCUGAUACUGAAUAAAUUAUUGAAAUAUGCGCGUCAAUCAGCGGAGUCGAACGGAAAAUUAUUCCGGGUGUCCAGGGUUGGACCAAUGGGAUCAGUGCGUCCCACGCUCCUUGUUGCAUUUGGACCAAUCAGAGAGACACUUCCACCAUUUCCUGUUGUGGAGUCGGAGUUAAACCGAGCAUUCCUCUGCUUCAGAGUUAACAUCAUUGUGGCAAUGUCUCAAUUCUGCACUUUUUUCCCUAGAGGAUUAUAUUCUCGUAAGUGAGAAGGAAUCUCAUGAUGUCUUGGCAUGGUUCUCAAAGGUAAUGCACGUAGCUGCUGCACCUGUAUCAUGUCGCGUCUGCUUCUCCCUUGACAACCGCGGCUCGGAUAUCCUCAGCCAGGGGUCACCAUGCCUAUCACUCUGCUCUGGGCGGUGGAUGUGUACGGCAGGGUGUACAGCCUGUCCACAGCCAGUGAGCGCUGGGAGCGAGCUGAUGACAUGCUGCUGGAGCUGAAGAGAGUGUCUGCAGGAAAAGGCCGAUGUUGGGGCAUAGGAUGUGACCACCAUGUUUACCUCAAUAUAAUGCCCAGCGAAACUCCCAUUCGCUACAGAGAGGAGACAUACGAAAACCAGAGGUGGAACCCUGUGGAUGGCUUCACUGAUGUGCUGUUGCCAACUGACCGCUGGCCUUGGAGUGAUGUAACAGGCUUGAACCAGCAACCUCUUCACAGCUUCCAGCUUCCGUCCCGUAGCUGGGAAUGGGAGGGGGACUGGUAUGUGGAUCAGAGCUGCAGUGGAGAACCCAGUGAAACAGGGGGAUGGGAGUAUGCUGUGGACUUUCCAGCCAACUUUUCCCCUGAUAAGAAAUGGAAUUCGUGUGUCCGCCGUAGGCGCUGGAUACGUUACAGAAGAUACAUUGCACCAGGGAGCUGGGCAAAGAUUCCUUUGGAAAACCCUAGAAAAAACCCACUGCCACUGUGUGACAUCAGCUGUGGCGGCUGGGAGAUGAGUGACCAGUCUGGGAGAUACCCAUACCUCUGGGGAGUGUCACAGCAGGGCCAGGUGUGGUUCAGGGAGGGCAUUCACCCUCGGGUCCCAGAGGGCACCAGCUGGGAGGAGGUGGAGGUCCCAAAGGAGGUGGCUCAGUUAUCCGCUGGCCCUGGAGACCUGCUCUGGGCUGUGCUCUGGGAUGGGAACCUCUUGGUCCGGAUUGGCCUCAGCCUGGAUAGUCCAACUGGCAUAUCAUGGACUGAAGUUGAAUCACCAGUAAAAGAAGUAGAGGUCUUGCAUGUUUCUGUGGGAGUCAGUGUGGUGUGGGUGGUCACCAAAGACUAUAAGGUGUGGUUCAGACGAGGGGUGAACUCCCACAAUCCUUGUGGUUCGGGCUGGAUCAGUAUUGGAGGAGAAAUGAUGAUGGUUGAUGUUGGUCUCAAUGACCAGGUGUGGGCUGUGGGUGAGGACAGAGGUCUGUAUUUUAGGAUGGGUGUGACUCCAUUUGAACCUAGUGGAAAUGGCUGGAUCCCAAUUUCAGCCCAAUGGGGAAGUAAAAAAGAAGCUGGUCCACAAAGAGAUGAUCAGCUGACCGAGGCGUCCCAGGGCUCUGUUUUGAGUUGCACAGACUCGGACUCAGAGCUGGGUCCAGUAGAAGCACAGAGCAGCACUGUUGACACACCGGUCCUGGAGCCAGCUGCCCCCUCUGUAGUGCCUUUGGGAGGGGAGUCCACAACUGAAGAUGUCCCUCAAAAUGCCCCUAGACCCUUUAUCCCUGCCAGUGACAGCUUUAUCAACAGCCUAGUCUCUGAUCGUGACAAAACCUCUGCAUCUCAACCCUCUAUUUUAGAAGUUCCUCAAGAGGACAGUGCUGACCCCUCCCCUGCCCCUAUACUCCUCACUCCAGAUGAUGUGUCGCGUGACCUGCCCUGGAGCAAUGUGGACCUGGAGGGGGCAGAAGCCGCACGUAGUGCCCAGGCCGCAGGUACCGCUUUGGUGGACAGUAGCACAGGUGUUCUGGCCUUGGAGAAUCCCCAAAGAGUAGGAGAAGAAGAUGGACCAGUGUGGGCUUGGAUCUCCGGUGGGGGCUGUGAAGUGGAGGCAGAGUCUAAAGUCAGCUGGCUGAGUCCAACAGGUGUCCUCACAAGCUCCAUGUCACUCACUCCUGUGCAGUCCGCUGCCUGGAGCGCAGAGCACGAACACAGAGACACCACCAGCAGAAAGCCCCUGGAGAGAAGCAAUUCCAUAUGGGUGCGUAAAGGUACUCUGCGUUGGUGGAGGGACUGGAAGCCUCAGCGCUGGGUGGACGUGAGUGUCGCUUUGGAGCAAUCCACCAAGUCUGAUGGAAAAAAAGACAGUAUUUUCUUUGUCUACUACACACAGUAUGAUGAGAAGAAGUACCUUCAAGUCUUCAUAAAUGAAAUCACAGCAUUGGUACCGGUCAUCAGAGACUGCUACUAUGCCUUUGCGGUGUACACUGCCCAAAGAACCAAGCAGAGGUGGCCCUUGGUUCUCGCUGCACAAACUGAAAAGGACCUGAAUGACUGGUUGACCCUGUUGUCUGACUGUUGUUGUGAAUGUCGAGGGAUCAGUGGUCCACCAUCCAGACAUGCCCUUUGGUCCACCACCUCAAAAGGAGACAUUAUGGUUCAUGAGCCUUCAUUCACACUAGAAUCCCCUGCAACUGCACUCUCCUGUGAUCUCAUGUUCUGGCAACAGGUCCCAGGACACCUGCGCUGUGUAGAGUCUAACAGUCUGGGGCUGGUGUGGGGCAUCGGGUGGGACGGCACGGCCUGGGUCUACAGUUUGCAGGGAGAUUCAGCUGAGAUGCAUCAGCAAACCGAUGUCAGAAAUGUGUAUGUGUACGAAAAUCAAAGAUGGAACCCCAUGACAGGAUACACAGACAAGGGACUUCCUACAGAUCGCCCGAUGUGGAGCGAUGAGAGUGGCCUUAAGGAAUGUACCAAAAGCACAACACAUCCUCCAUCGCCUCAGUGGUCCUGGGUUUCAGAAUGGGCUGUGGACUACAAUAUCCCUGGUGGAACAGACAAAGAAGGGUGGCAAUAUGCAGCAGACUUCCCCGUGACAUUCCACGGGCACAAAACUAUUAAAGACUUUGUCAGGAGACGACGAUGGAUAAGAAAGUGUAAGAUCACCCUGCGGGCGCCAUGGAAACAGGUCCCACCCAUCCCUCUGAGUGACAUGUCCCUGAUGCCCUGUCUAGCUCAGAGCAGGAUGGAGCAUGUGCCGGUGUGGGCCAUCAGUGAGAAGGGGGAUGUCCUGUGUCGACUGGGAGUGAGCCCUCAAAAUCCUGCUGGAAGUUCUUGGCUGCAUGUGGGCACAGAUCAGCCAUUUAAGUCUGUUUCUAUUGGUGGAGCCAAUCAGGUGUGGGCUAUAGCCAAGGAUGGGUCUGUUUUUUACAGAGGAUCAGUAUCACCUCAGAACCCUGCUGGAGAAUGUUGGUAUCACAUCCCAUCCCCUCCUCGACAAACUCUUAAACAACUUUCAGUGGGGCGCACAUCAGUGUUUGCUGUGGAUGAAAACAGUAACCUGUGGUACAGACAGGGCCUGACCCCAAGUUACCCUCAGGGUUCAGCCUGGGAGCUCAUCUCCAGCAAUGUCACUAAAGUCUCUGUGGGCCCUCUGGACCAGGUGUGGACCAUAGCAGAGGGGGUGCCAGGAUUUCCUAUGGAGUCCCCUGGGGCCAUAUGCCACAGAGUCGGAGUAGGACCAAUGCAGCCAAAAGGACAUUCUUGGGACUUUGGUAUUGGGGGUGGAUGGGAGCACAUCACUGUACGGGGAAAUUCAGCAGAAGCCCCUCGGACACACCCCCCUCCCUCUGGCCCUCCACGAAGCCCUGUUCCACAGCGCCUCCCAAGUCUGGAGAAUGGCAGUGCUGUGGGCGUGUAAGCACCUGUAUCGUCCCCCCCAGGUUUUAUGAAGGGAAUGGACCAAGAUUAAACUGAGACUGUUGGAUUUAGCUCUGUCGAUGAAUGAAUGUUGAAACUGUUUCCAAAGGCAGAAAUGAAGCAAAUGUGCAGCACAAAAGUGGACAGAGUGGAAUGCAUGUGCUCGCUCUCAAGGCCUCAGCUAUAGGCUCUAUUCACGCUCACAUGACAAACCAGGAAAACGUCUGGAAAGAUGCAAUUACAACUUCCAGCAGGCUCUGUUCACUGUUAGAAGAGAUGAGGGUGCAAAAUUAAAGAUUAUUCCAAACACCACAUACGUAUGCAGUCUUCAUUUUAUUGGUAACUACACUGGAAGUUAUAAUCCCAUCUUUCCAAACAUCUCCUUGGUUUGUGACUUAAUUGUGAAUAGAGACUUUUGGGUGUUAUUGGAUUUAGCAAUAUUUUAGAUUUCUUUAUUUAAAAUUCUGUGAACAGUGUAAAAAGGGCUAAGGCUUUGGAAUCACAAAAACCCAGUUAAACAUGUUCAUCUUGCACUAUAGUUUUUGGUGUUGUGUUAUUUGCCUGUUUAAUUGCAUGUGACCAGUGUAUUUCAGCAUUAUUUAUUUUAUUUAUGUACAUGUAUUUGUUUGGGUUUGUUCCUCCUUGUGUCUUGCCUGUCUCUAUUAUAAAUAAAAUAAAUCUUCUUGUGA